GACCAGACACCGACACAGCCCAGCAUAAUUCAUCAUCACCACUCCCCGGCCGGGUCACAUCGCAUCCAAACAAUGGCAGGUAUUUUGAGAUCAUGGACAGCUCUUCUGGCGGUGGUUCUGUGCGUCCUAGUCUGCCUCAACACCUUCGCGGACGCCUACCCGCCCAAGCCGGAACCUCCAGCCGGAGACGUGGGUCCCGAAGAGAUGGCUAAAUACCACACCGCCCUCAGACACUAUAUCAACCUCAUCACCAGACAGAGGUAUGGGAAGAGAGCUGCACCAGAGGCUGUAGUAGCAGAGCUGCUGUUUGGAGACAAUUCUGAACAGGAUGUCAGACCACGUGCUGACGACAGCCUGAUGUGGUGAUCUGCGGUCAGUCUCUGCCCCCCAGAUCCCCCAGCCCCCCCAUCCUGGUCCUUCCCUGAUCUGACCCCUGCUGUCUGUCUGAAGAGCCUCUCCUCUCCUCUCCUCUCAUGUCCUCUCGUGUGACAAACCUCCCCCAACACCCCAAGAAGAAUGAGUUUAUUUAGCAGAUAGAAAACACACCUCGAACCAGCGCCCAACAAACAGUCAACAAACUUUGUGUUCCUCCAGCAAUGCACAAUGCAUACAGAUUCUCUCUCUUUCUCUCUCAAUGCUUGUAUUCCUUUUGUGUGUUUUCACAGUUCAUCUGAAGAUAAUUGUAAAUAAUUAUUAUGGAGAUAAAUCUGGAAUAAUAAACAUUAUUAUUGAAUGCUGUA